AUGCUCAUGUUCAUUGAAGUAGCCAUAGCCCGGAGCCUCCUGUCUAUUCGGUUUCCCGUGAAAUCUCUGGAAAGCCUGCGCCAGAAGCAGAAGACGCUCUUGAAACACGCGUGGCACCUCGGCAUGGGCGUGCCCCAUGACAUAGAUAGGAUCCUGAAGGACGUGAUGGAAUCGACAACUUUCCAGGUCGAAGGCAUCAUGCGCAUCGUCAAGGAUUCCCGAGCAUUCGCCGCGAAGGACCAGCAGAAGGGGUCAUGUUCCCCAUGUAUCUUGAGCGCGUAUCGCGCCCCGACAUACCUGGCUUUCACAGCUCAUAGGGCCUCAUACAUUGGGACAUUUUCCAAGAGGCCGAUAAGCAGGAUAUUCCAAUGUUGGGAUGCGGACAUGCGCGAAAGAGAGGAAGCACCUGCAGAUGAUAUACCAUAA